AUGAAAGCCCAGGAGUUGCACAUUGGCACAGUGAGGCAGUACCGAUGUGCUCAAACACGCAUCAACCACAUGUCGGAGGAUGCGGUGAAGGAAGGCCGCACAGACAACUAUGAUGAAUUCAUCAAAGUGGAUAUCGAUGCCUGUGAUGAAGCGAAGUUCAAGUGCCCAAGGAAUACCUCUAAUUCCAAGAGUCUGGAAGGCAAUUGGCGGCCGCAAUUGCAUCUCCAUGGGUCUCUGGUUUGGGGUGUGGCAGAGUGCUACUACGUCUUGGAGCCUGACAUGGCCAAGGAUGCGUCCACUGAGGCAACGAUCUUGUGCAAAGCUUUGGAUGAUGCCAAUGAGAUCCUCCAGAAGCGAUCUACCACAAUGCCGGGGAACAUCAUAUUGGAAGUCGGGUGGGUUCCAAAAAUGUUCAAGACAUGUUUAUAA